AUUUUUACAUUGAACAUUUAGUAAAUAUGUGUGGAGUUAACAGCAAAUAAGUUUUCAGGUAUUUUGGAAUUGCUUUCCGCAAUGAAUAGCGGGACUAAAUUCUGCAGGGUAUGUGUUCUAGAAAAACAAAACGUAACAGACUUUAUGCAAGUCUCAGAGGGAUUUGAAAAGAAGAUUACAUUUAAGGAGAUGUACAAUGAUUGCAGUCCAAUUAAAAUAAUUGACUAUGACCCAUACCCAAUGACUAUUUGCUUUGAUUGCCAGGCUCUUCUGCUGCAAGCUUUUGAGUUUCGGGAAAAGUGUCGCAGGGCACAGACAUUGCUAUGCAAUGUUUUUAAACCAUCCAUUGUCAGGAAACGGAGGAGUUUAAGCACAGAUUGUCCAUCCAAUUCCAAAUCUAUAAAGACAAAAAAUAUUGAUUUUGAAAAUGUAAUUGAGAGGACAGAAAUUAUUUGUAAUAAUCCUACUGUACCAGAAGAUGGUGAUUGUGAGGAUGAGUAUGAGUGGCCAGCAGAUAAACCAACAACUUCAAAGUUGGUUUCUAAAUCAAUUAUGAGAUUGGCUGAUGGCAAGGAAAUCAGGGUGAUACAUCCUAAAGAUAGGGAGUUUAUUGAAUCUAAUGAAGUGAAAAGUGAGGAGAAUGUGCAAGAUGACAAUCAUCCAGAUUUGGGUAUGUUCAAGAUGACUAUUUUGAAUGGGUAUAAGAAUUCUUCUAAUGUGAUUUAUGAGGCAAAUGGUUUUUUGUAUAUUAAUACUAGGAAUACAACAAAUAGGAGAUAUUUGCGAUGUUCCACGAUGAAAAACUGCCCAGGAAAAGCUUGCAUUGACAUUCUGACGGAUCCUGCAUUGGAAGAGGAACUCUACGUUUAUCGUUUGCACAACCACCAGAAGGAAACACUACAUAUCUCGAAGUUGAAGUUUCUGCAGGAAAUGCGGACCAUAGCUCAGUCCGGCAACUUCACUGCUAGACAAAUCUACUUGAAAGCAAUAGAGAAAUUCCCAAAUCUUGCUGCCAGCAUGCCAUACUCGACUCUCUCCUCGCGUCUGUACCGCUUAACUGGGAACCAGCAUUUCUUCAUUGAGAACUUGACAAAGUUCGCAGAAGUAUUGGUCACCGAGAGUCCGGCCAAAUAUUGUAAGACACACGAUGGAAAGGAGUUCUUCCAAGAUGCCAUCGGUGAUGAAGAGAUGAGCACGUGUUCCGUCAUAUUCGCAAACACUGAUCUCAUAGAGAGUAUGUCUUGGAGCAAUGAGAUUUUUAUAGAUACCUCGUUUAGAGUUGAUUUCGACAACGGAAGGAGUCAACAUUUUAUGACUAUCUGCAUAUCGGUCAACGAGCAUAGAUUCCCUGUUUUGUACGCUUUAAUGGAUUCGUUAUCGUUGGAGGAUUUGAUCCAAGUGUUAACGCUUUUUAAAGAUAAGUACGCUCCGGAUUUGCAUCCUGAAGAGAUCAUCACCGAUUAUAACGCGGAUCUGUUCAAGGCUUUGAAUCAUGUUUACAAGCACUCCAAUAUCAGCGGUUCUCUCGUUCACUACAUUUUUGCUAUUUACAAACAGUGCAACGUUAUAGACAUCGUGAAAGAAAUAGAAAUGAAACCAAUUUGCAUGAAGAUACUUACUAAUUUAUAUGCGUUGCCAAUCCUACCGCCUCCACUGAUACCUGGAGGACUGGAAUUUAUUAAAGACAAAGCUAAGAACUACAGCUGUGAAGCACUAUUUGAACCUUUGUUCAUGUAUGUGCAAGAAGUUUGGAUAAACUCGGUUACACCGCAGGUCUUUACCAACUACUGCAACAUGGAUAGCAUCAAUGAGAACAUAUUCGUUGUGUACAAGAGGAUACGUGAUAGUAUUUCGGCAAACAAGAAGUUCGGAUUCUUUGAUAUCAAUGAUAAACUAUUGUCUAUUGAUGAUUGGUCUACCAGCUUGUACAAGAAAGUGUUGCUUGGAGAGAAGUUAAAGCGACAGGGUUCCGCCAUGAAAUAUUCUAAAGUUUUAGACAAGUGGUGGCAGCCGAAUAUGAUUGAGAAACACGGUUAUGCGGCGUUCUUCGAUGCCCUUAAUCCGCUAAUCGACAAAAUGACAGGACUCAUUUGGAUCUGGGGUUUAUACAACUACAAUGGGCUCAAUGAUGAAACUCUAAUCACACAAGAAGACUACUUUGGUUGCGACGUUACAAAGCAAAUGAUUGACGAGAAUACUGAACAGCAGGUUCAGGAUAUACAGAAUGUAGAGAUUAUUGAAGAGGAAAUGACGAACGGCGAAAGUGUUAUAACGUUACAAAUCUUAGACUAUGAUUAGUCAAAUUUUAUUAUUUAUUAUGUAAUACGUCCAAUAAAAAAGCCUCAGAGAA